AUCAGUAGGGAAACUGUGGCCGUCAGAGGAGAGCAGCCCCCGCUCCGAUCCCCGGGACUUUCUCAAGUGUUUACCGACGCUUUCUAAUCGCCUCGCACGGCACACUUCAACAUGGACAUGAAGAAGAGGAUCACCCUAGAGCUGCGGAGCAGGAACCCGGCGGAGAUCGCAGAGCUGGUGGUCGACAACAGUCGCUCUGCCGACGGCGAGGUCGAAGGUCUGACGGACGAGUUCACGGAGCUCGAGUUCCUCAGCAUGGUCAACGUGGGUCUGAACUCGCUGGCUAAACUGCCAUCGCUGCCCAAACUACGCAAGUUGGAGCUGAGCGACAACAACCUGUCUGGCUCUCUGGAGACUCUGUCCGAGAAAUGUCCCAACCUGACCUACCUCAACCUGAGCGGGAACAAGAUCAAAGAGCUGAGCAACGUGGAGGCGCUGCAAAACCUGAAGAGCCUGCAGAGUCUGGACCUGUUCAACUGCGAGAUCACGUCUCUGGAGGACUACAGGGAGAGCGUGUUCGAGCUGCUGCCUCAAGUCACCUACCUGGACGGCUUCGACCAGGAGGACAACGAGGCUCCUGACUCCGAGGCCGAGGACGAAGACGAGGACGGCGAGGACGGGGCGGGGCCGACCGGCGACUACGACGAGGAGGACGAUGAAGAGGAGGAUGAGGACGGCUCAGAGGGAGGAGAGGUGGGGCUGAGCUUUCAGGUGAACCGGGGCGAUCAGGAGGACGACGAGGAUGAGGAAGACUACGCAGAGGAGGAGGAGGAGGAAGAGGACCAGGCGGGGGUUCAGGGACAGAAGAGGAAGAGAGACGUGGAAGAUGAGGGCGAGGAAGACGACGACGACGAAGACGACUAGUCCUCCGGCCGACCGUCGUCUGUGUGUCGUCCUGUCCCGUUUCUGUCCGUCUCAGUCCACCUCCGGACCCGACCUCCGCCAGACUACAACCACUGCAACCACAGCAACUACAGGGACAGCAACAGCAGCAACAGGAACAGUGUGAUCUGAGAUAGUUCCUUUCAGUUUGCAAUAGAAUAUCACGUCUUUAUUUUUAGAUAAUAUAUAAGAAGAUUUUAUCAGAACUUUACCUGGUGGUUCUCAGCUGAAGUCUCCACACGUUUCCCUUUAAAACCUGGUUCCGGAACAAAGCUUCUGUCUGUCGGGUAAGUCUGUCUCUUCUCCGCAUCCUGAACUCUGAUCCUGAACUCCGUUCCUCGUCGAAACGUUGGCUGGAUGGCGCAAAUGAACGGAGAAGUCCUGAUGUGGAUCGGCUCCUCGUUAGCAGAGAUUUUGGAGAACGGCUGUGAAAACCAGAACACGCUGGACCGGAUUUCUGUUUUUUGUCUCCGUAGCUGGCUCUUCUUCGUCGUCUUCUCCUGCUCGUUUCAAGCUGUUGACGACCUUUUCAAGCAAGUCCGGGGUUUAUUUCUACAAGCUUCAGGGACCGGACACUGUCCCCACUCAGAAAACUUUUUAUAGGGAACUUCAGAUGUACCGAGGAGCUUCUCCAGUCCAGACUACAAGACUUUUUCCACGAUCUGUUUGUCCCAGAAAAAUUUCUUCGAUCUGAGACACACACACACACACACACACACACAGCUCGUUUUAACUAAUCUUUCCAAUCUCUGAUUGGUCCCUGCACUCAGGUGGUGCUGCACAUGCACGUUACCAUAGUUACCAAAUGAUUUUUGUACAAAUACGGGCUAAACAUCUCUUCUCCGGAUCGGGAGGUCGCUGAGCAGUUUGUGUGUUAAACUGAUGCUAAAAUCACGGAUCUGCUGUCAUAAAAUCCCGGGUUUGGUCUGUUUGCUUUCAUACCACAAACAAACCCCCAGAGUCCACUUUGAACCGGACCGAGACCCUCCUUCAUCCACUGGUCUCGGACCGGUCGCUUGGAGCUUUCACGCUGGCCCGAACGAAGCGAACUAAAGAGGAAAUGCGCCAGACCGGACAGGUUGUCUGCGAGCGCAGCCUGGAUCCCACCGGUGCUGCUCCGAACACCACCUGCUUAGAGCAGAAUCCAUCACAUCUGCAGCGGCGGUUUCUCAUGUGGAUUUGACAGUAUCCUGGGACUAGAACUGUAUACUCAGAGGUCUGAAAAUCUUGUAGUCUGCACUGGGCUUAGUUUGCUCUCUACGAGCUGAAACUGUCGUCCCAAACCUCCAAAGCUUUCUGAAAAGGUCUGUCAGCGGAGCUUCCAAACCACCGAAGCCUGCAGCCGUCCUGAGCGCGCACACGUAGAGUUUCACCUCCAGCUUCGGCAGAAGCCUCGCCUCUGACAUCGGGACCUUUUCCAUCCUCACAACUUCACAACGUGCUUUUCUGAGCCUCCAGCGUGUCGCUUGCUUUUCCUUUGUUUCUGAGCUUCGAACCACCAUCCACAUCAAAUCUCAGUCACGCCUUUUUAAAAACAAACCGUCGUUCAGGAUCAGUACCCGGUUCUUUCUGCAAACAUAUCAGUCUCUGGACUCUGACGGGAGAGGAGAGCGCCCCCUUCAGGACCCCAGCGUGUCCACCCCCCAAUCGCGGACCCCACGUUUCCGUCUCCACCCGCCGCGUUGAACCGUUCAGGAUCUUCAUCACCCGUCAUGUUUCAGUCCGAUAAACUCUCUGAACUGGAUGAGUAGUGAUCACAUUGACUCUGCUGUCUCUGCCCCGUCUCACAGUCCCACAUAUGCAGACCUGCCGUCGCUCAGGUCCACAUAGGAGAUCAUAUUUAUAUUAUUCCCAGUGUGUGUUUGAUUUAUUGUAGGGAUUCUACAGGGAAGAUUAGGGGGCGGGUGGGAGGAAUUAUUAGUUCUGAUGUGUUUGUUUUGUUUUUUGUUUUUUUGUUUUGUUUUUUCCAGAGUUAACAGCGACCUGUUUUUUGUCCCCAGUCAGCAGCUGUUGAUGUUUUUAGUUUGAUGUGAGACCGAGCGGCUCGUCCUCAAACUGCCCGUCCCCUCGUGAUGUUCAGACCGCCGCCGCCGUGUCACACUUCAGGCUCCGCCUCCUAAAAAGGACUCCCACUUUGAAGUAAACCUGGCAGAAAUGAGCGGUGCGUUCAGGUGCUCCCUCGUCAGCUCUUCGGGUCAGAAACGUUCCAGUUAGCAAGCGGGAAGUUUGUCUCAAACUUGAGAUCGAGCGUUAACUGCUUAACAAGCCUGAAUCCUGACUGGCAGGGGGGUGGGUUUAUUUGGGAUUACAUCUGUUCGAAACUGUUAAGGGACCGAAACCGUACAAUUCUAACGUCACGGAAAAAAACACCGAGCAACAAACUGAAAAAAAUGUUAGUAGUAAUGUUUGUUUUAAAAAAAAAAA